UUUUGGUUAAGCUUUUAUUGAUGAUAAAAUUUGUUGCUCAUUUUAGUGGUAUUUUGAAUAGUGAAUAGUGAAGCUAAUUGUUGAACGUACUUUUUUAGGCAUCACAAUUCAUAAAUGACAGGUUGUGUUUGACAUAUGACAAAUGUAAAAGUUGCCAAAUUUAGGAAACGGGAAAUGUUCAUGUUUUUCGCAAAAUAAAUAAUAUUGAACAAGACUUCUGAAUAUAAUGACAAAGGAGGUGAAAAAACUGUAAUAUUUUUACUUUGCUCAAGUUGAAAUCGUUUUCCUUACACAAUCACGGAAAUCUUUAAAAACAUGCCAGCAGCUACUUUGGGUAGCAAUUUACAUCCUAACAAUGAAGACUGCGGCAUUCGGGACGUUUGGGCUCACAAUUUGGAAGAUGAAUUCCGAACUAUAAGACAAAUAGUGCAGAAAUACCAAUAUGUCGCAAUGGACACUGAAUUUCCCGGCGUCGUGGCCCGACCCAUAGGAGAAUUUCGAAGCUCCGCCGAUUAUCAAUACCAAAUGUUGAGGUGCAACGUAGACUUACUGAGAAUUAUCCAACUAGGUUUAACGUUCUUAGACGAUAAUGGCAAAACACCAGGAGGAGUUUACACUACCUGGCAGUUCAAUUUUAAAUUCAACCUUCAAGAAGACAUGUACGCACAAGAUAGCAUCGAUUUACUGCAAAAUUCCGGGAUACAAUUCAAGAAGCACGAAGACGAAGGUAUCGAACCGUUAGAAUUUGCCGAACUACUAAUGUCCUCCGGGAUCGUUCUAAUGGAAAAUAUCAAAUGGCUGUCGUUUCAUUCCGGCUACGAUUUUGGCUAUUUAAUAAAGUUACUCACCGACAACAAUCUACCGCAAGAUGAAAAUGAAUUUUUCGAUCUGCUGAAAUUGUAUUUUCCCACCAUAUACGACGUAAAGUAUUUAAUGAAAUCGUGUAAAAAUUUAAAAGGUGGCCUUCAAGAAGUUGCGGAACAGUUAGAAUUGGAGAGGAUCGGGCCUCAACAUCAAGCCGGAUCCGACUCGCUGUUGACCGGAAUGGCCUUUUUCAAAAUGAAAGAAAUGUUUUUUGAGGAUACUAUUGACGAUUCGAAGUUCUCGGGCCAUCUUUACGGGCUCGGAACAUCUUUCACUGUUAAUGGUACAACUAACAAUUACGGAAACGAUAACGGCGACACCACAAACUCCUCAUGAAACCAGUUUAAAGUCUGUCUCUUAAAAGUAAGAAUAAGGCGGAAAAAUUUAAUGUGAACCAUUUUCUUAAAGCAGAAAAUAUAAGGAUACAUAUUGGACUAUGUUGUCGUGAUAGAUUUUAGGUUUUUUAUGUUUUAAAAUAAGGUCCUAAACUCACACCGUUUUGAAAAAUUAAAUCUAGUUAUUUAAUAAAAGUGAUUUUUUUAUUGUAGUGUACUUUUAAAUACAGAUGAAGUAUGUACAGGGUGUCCCGCUUAAGAACCGACACAGGGAUAAGA